AUGCUCUUUCCUUGGGAGCACUAUCACAAUGGCCCAGACGCCCUACCCUUCUUCAUAGACACUCGAAAUCCUAGUGCUCUUCGCCUCCAGUCUAAGCACUGCUUGUCAUAUGGUACUCCCUGUGAUGAAUGCACUGAGAUCCCUCUUCACGUCGAAUGUCUGGCAGACAUUGCACACACUCCAAAAGCACACACUAACUACAAAUUUUUAGGUCUUGCACAUGUGCAGGAUGUUGCAAGGACUUACGCAGAACAAAUCAAGCAGUUGAAGCUGCAGCUGAAUGAUUUGCGCAAGUAUAUGAGUGCGCUCACGCAGCUCGAUGACUACAAUCGACUGCUCAUGGCUGUAUCCGAACGAGACAUUCCUCACCUUCAACAGAUUAUCAACAUUGCUUUACGCAACGGUGCCAGUAUCCGUCAGAUAGUCAAUAAACUAGAGGAUGCCCUUGAGGGCGCAUACCAUCCUCGGGGGUAUGAUGCGACUGACCUGGAUAUUGCCACCCUUAUCUACAGGCUUGGUGGUCAUCAACUUCUCUUCGCACUGAACCAGAAACUUGCUAUCCCUUCCCUUUGCACACUCCACACUCAAGGAGAUGGCCGUCCAUUUCAGCAAGUACAACAAGUCAACAUUGCUCAGAAGAUCCAUGACAGUCAUGUCCAUCUGGGCAAGGAACUAACUGUUAUGGGGGCCUCAUGUUUUGGCCGGGACGAAAUAUUCCCCAUCUUAGCUGCUCCCACUUGCAAGAGCGAGAAUGCCAAUGACAUGGAGCAGAUCCUCACUAAAGCCAUUGAUCGAUGGAACACCACUGGGGCAGCGGCACAGGUUGGACCAGUCUGGUCAGUUGCCACUGAUGGCGAUGCUACUCACCACACUGCUGGCCAUAGGCUGUUCGUCAAGAGUCCGCUCUCUGAGAGUUCGGAUUUGUAUGGUACACUCAUCAACAUGCUGGGAUUGAAUCUGUUCACAGGCGAUAAUGAGGUGAUGCUUGAUUUCGACUUCAAACACAUAUUCAAGCAUAACUUAAACACAGGCAUAUGCACUCUCCUUCAAUCUCCUGCGGGUGUCGUGCUCAAUAAUGGUCGCAUCAUUAACUCAAUGAUGCUUGCAUGGUAUCUCGUGUGGCUACCUGCCUUUGACGAAGCAGCUGUCACCAAACUUCUCUACCCAGAUGAUCCUCAAGAUGUCCCUUGUGCAGUCGAGCUCAUGCUUGCCAUUAUCGAGUUCUCCAAAUCUCGGCAUGCCAUUGUCAACGACUCAUUUUCGACCAAUAUCGACACUCACACAGAUCUCCAAUCAAUCGCUCUUCUUAGUGCUCUUCUAGAGUCCAUCCUCCUGCCUUUUACCAAUCUUUCUCUCUCCCUAUCCGAACAAUUCAUGCUGCUCAGUCGGUACUCUCAUCUUGCUUUCGCCUUCUUCCACACGCAUCAACGGUCAUUCAUGUCCUAUCAAUUAUAUUAUGACCUACAGAUGAUGGUAAAGAAUUCUGCAUUCUGCCUCACUAAGCAACAAGCACUGGACCCACACGCUCCUUUUUUCCUUGGGGAUGUUGGGGAUGAUCCCCUCGAGAUUCUUUUCGUGCGCACACGCAUGAUUGGGGGCCAUAAUUCUGCAUCUUCAUAUGCUCAGGCUCUUGAUCAUUUAGGAGCUGCGAAGGAUAUUGAUGCUGUCUUCAGGCAUCACCCAGAACUUGACCCAGGCCACUGGCGCCUCAAACUUACAUGUCAGGAAGGCAUUGAUCAUAUCAAUCGUGAGGUCUGGAAGGGCGAUAUUAUCUCUGGCUGGUGUGAUCUGCCAUUGGCAUGGCACAAUGGUCAUGACGCAGCCCUUUCCAUCCUCACCAUGUCCCAGCUCCAGCCAACUCAUUAUUCGUUCAGGGAGCUUUUCAGUGUACCUGGUGUCGAUAUGCUUUGUCCAUUUGGACAGAACAGGUACCUUGGAAUAACCAUGGACGAUGACCUUGAGGAUACCAGUGAAGUUCCUAAUAUUCCUCCUCCUGUUGUGAUCGCCCCUCCCUCUCAGUGUCUAGAGACAGUCUUAGUAGACAAGGAUCACGACCACACUAACCAUGCAGUUGCUGAUCUUGGGGUCUUGGCAGGAGGCGAUGACGAUGAAGAAAUGAUGCUCAUGUUCCAAGAGUCAUUGAUUGACGAAUCCUUCACUGAUGUCCCUGCUCCCUCCUCAUCUUCUCAGCACAUCUCUCAUGACCCUUCGACCCCUGCUUUGCCACAAGGGCCUGGAAUACACCCUGAAGAUUACCUCCUAUACAAAGGACGGUGGAUCCACAAGCAGAUGAUAUGCCGUCUUGUGAUCAACAAGGAUUUUAUUUCCAAGUCCCUUAAUCGACUUGAGCAUGUCCGUGGAGGUUAUACUAAAGUUAACAAACGUGUUGAUGUAUCUGUGGGUUGUAUCACUGAUCACAAUCUCUUUCUCGUUGGGGACAUUUUUCUCACUGUCCUUCAUUCCGGUCGCACUCUUUCAAUUGGCAUACUUCAUUCUACCACUGCCAGCCUCAACAACAUCUCCUGCAUGUCAAUCAACAUGACAAUGAUGAAGGCAUUGCGAACUAUGGCUAAGAUAACUGGUCAACUACUCAGUCUUGUGGCAACUAACCCUUCUUCUGACAGCUCUCAAUCAUUUUUAUGGGAUGGCGGAUACAUCAAAGCACGUUCCAUCAUUCAAGGAACAUCGGAGUAUACAGAACGUGUCAUUAUGGUCACCGUUCCUGGUUCCCUCGUUGAACCAGUCAACCCUGAGGCUACUUUCAUUUGCUUGAAGGACAACAUCAAUACUGACAAGUUCACUCAAGUGAAUGGUGGCCAAAGUACUUGGAAGAUCUCUCAGGACGCAAUGCAAGCAGCUUGCAAACUCCUCUGGGCCAAAGCCAACAAAUUGAAGGUCAACCUGAAGUCUAUCGCGGCUGUCAUGUCAUCAGAUCCAAAUAUGUUCCCUUACCGACUAGCAGACAGCACUCCAGCAGUCAUUUCUGUUGAGGCCAGCAGCCAACUCACAGCAUCCAAAGGGGAAUGCAUCAUAAUGUGUCCACUUUGCGACGCCAAGGUCCUUGACAUGCGGGAUCACAUAGGUUGCCAUAUACUACACACAAUGACCAACACUCCUGAGGAGCUACCUUUGAAGCAAGAGCCCGUGUGGAUUCUGCAGUUGUUCUGGAGUGCCUGA